GUACCUCGGGGUGGGUGUCCGCCAGCCCUCUGACGGUGGAGGAUUGGUUGUUUACCCGUGUGUGCCUCUCUUCUUUAGGACUCCCACCCUUGCCACGUGGGGUGGUGUAGCUGGUGCUGGUGUGAUAUGGAUCACAGACUGGAAGCUCGUCCUUCAGUACGUGCCCUACAUCGGCGGCAAGUAUAAAACUGAAGACUAAGCCUCCCUCUAAGGGAAAUUCAUCGCUGGAUUGAGUGUUUUGGAGCCAUCCGUCCACUGAGACCUGCUUUGAGGUGAACUUGCAAUGCCUGGUACAGAUUCUGCAGCGGGCUGUCACAUCCUGCUCUCUCUGCCAUGAGCAGCUGCGGCCACUUGGUUGUGAGCGGAUUUUACUUCACGUCCCAGCCCGCCUAGUGCUCUUCUGAUCACUUCCACAGCUGGUCUUGGCGUAGUGCAAGUAAUUUGUAAAGCUGAUGUACAAAAUAAACCAAGGGAAUGAUGU